AUGUCGGGCCCGAGCGCCGUGUCGGACCCGCAGCACCCGGCGCGGCUGCUGCGGGCUCUCAGCUCGUUCCGGGAGGAGACGCGGUUCUGCGACGCGCACCUGGUGCUGGAGGGCGAGGAGAUCCCGGUGCAGAAGAACAUCCUGGCGGCCGCCAGCCCCUACAUCAGAACAAAAUUGAAUUACAAUCCUCCAAAGGAUGAUGGCUCAACGUACAAGAUUGAACUCGAAGGGAUAUCUGUUGAUAUCAUGAAAGAGAUACUAGAUUACAUCUUCAGUGGUCAGAUCAGGCUAAAUGAAGAAACUAUCCAAGAUGUGGUACAGGCAGCUGAUCUCCUGCUGCUUACAGACUUAAAAACUCUCUGCUGUGAGUUUUUAGAAGGUUGCAUAGCUGCUGAGAACUGUAUUGGUAUUCGGGACUUUGCACUGCACUAUUGUUUGCAUCAUGUUCACUACCUUGCCUCAGAGUAUCUGGAAACUCACUUUCGAGAUGUCAGCAGCACAGAGGAAUUCUUGGAACUGACUCCUCAAAAACUGAAAGAAGUGCUGUCGAUGGAAAAGCUCAAUGUUGGGAACGAAAGAUACGUCUUUGAAGCGGUGAUUAGGUGGAUUUCUCAUGAUUCAGAAUCCAGAAAGGUCCACAUGAAGGAUGUCAUGUCGGCAGUGUGGGUGUCGGGUCUGGACGCAGCCUACCUGCGCGAGCAGAUGAUGAGCGAGCCGCUGGUCCGCGAGAUCGUCAAGGAGUGCAACAACAUCCCCCUGACACCCCCGCAGCAGGGAGAGGCCAUGCUGGCCUCCUUCAAGCCCCGGGGCUACUCCGAGUGCAUCGUGACUGUUGGGGGGGAAGAGAGAGUAUCACGGAAACCAACCUCAGUGAUGCGGUGUAUGUGUCCUCUUUAUGAUCCCAAUAGACAGCUCUGGAUUGAACUUGCUCCUAUGAGUAUUCCAAGGAUCAAUCAUGGAGUAUUGUCAGCAGAAGGAUUUUUAUUUGUGCUUGGUGGUCAGGAUGAAAACAAGGGAACGCUAAGCUCUGGAGAGAAAUAUGAUCCAGACACCAAUUCAUGGAGUUCCUUACCACCAAUGCAUGAGGCACGACAUAAUUUUGGUGUGGUAGAGAUUGAUGGGAUUCUGUAUAUUCUGGGAGGUGAGGAUGGUGAAAGAGAGCUGAUCUCUAUGGAGAGCUAUGAUAUUUAUAGCCGGACCUGGACCAAGCAGCCAGACUUGACCAUGGUUAGAAAGAUUGGCUGCUAUGCAGCUAUGAAGAAGAAAAUCUAUGCAAUGGGUGGAGGCUCCUAUGGAAAACUUUUUGAAUCUGUGGAGUGUUAUGACCCCAGGACUCAGCAGUGGACAGCAAUCUGUCCUCUCAAAGAGAGGAGAUUUGGGGCAGUGGCCUGUGGAGUUGCCUCUGAGCUUUAUGUGUUUGGUGGGGUCAGGAGUCGUGACGACAGCCAAGCCAGUGAGAUGGUGACAUGCAAAUCAGAAUUUUACCAUGAUGAGUUUAAAAGGUGGAUUUAUCUAAAUGACCAGAACCUAUGUAUCCCAACUAGCUCUUCUUUUGUGUAUGGGGCUGUGCCCAUCGGAGCCAGCAUAUACGUGAUUGGAGAUCUCGAUACAGGUACAAACUAUGACUACGUGAGGGAGUUCAAGAGAAGCACGGGCACGUGGCAGCGCACGAAGCCGCUGUUCCCGUCGGACCUGCGGCGGACGGGCUGCGCGGCGCUGCGCAUCGCCAACUGCAAACUCUUCCGACUGCAGCUGCAGCAGGGAUUGUUCCGCAUCCGCGUUCCUUCCCCGUGACCCCCGCCCCGCCCGGGGAGGAGACUGGAAGAGUUCACCAUAAUCUAGCUCUAUUUAAAGGAAAAGCUGAGAAAUUACAGCUGAAAACUUACACUGUAUGCUGUGCUUUGGUAUGGUAACUGUUUUUGUUUUAAAUGCUUACAAAGCUUGAGUCUCAGUACUUGUUUCGGGAACAAAUAACUUAAGUACACAUUAAAAAGAAGAGAAGGGGGAAAAUAAAAGGGGAGAUGGAGGAAGCACCUUCAGUCGUAACCAUUUGGAGUUUAAACCGUGUUAUUGAAGGAGGAUUUUCUGAAACUGGUGGGAAUCAGUUUCCUUUGGCAAAGCUUACUGAAAAGCAAAACAAA